CUUGGCCACCAUUAUUUUAAAAAAAAAAAAAAAAAAAAAAAUCCAAUCAACUGAGCAGCCACCUUCCUGAGUUGCCAAAACGUCCAUGAUGAUACAAAACAGUCAAAGCAGAACUGUUAACCCUUCUAGGCUCAAUUGACCCAUUUGCGAAAUUAAGAAAAACGGGAAAUAAAAAAAAAACAACAAAAAAGGGGUUUAUAUCCGGAGAGAAGCAUCCUCUGUUGCUCUUCUCAACCCCACAUUGGUGUAAUCCCCGUCGACUAAUGACAACUUGGGGAGAGGCAUCCACAUCUCGCAUCAGCAACAAGGCAUAAGGCAGCAAAACGGCACCUUUGAAAGGUACCCCCAGUGUAGCAUAAAGUACGACGUCACCAGUUUAGCGACGAACCGGGUUGGCAGUCCCUCUCACAACAAAAGGCAAAACCCCAUGGAUCACCCAACGACGCAGCCAUUUUUGAACGACCCGAAUAUGCCCGAAGAAGAAAAAAAAGUGCUCGUAGACGCAAACACAAGAAAGGAAUGGGAGUCCACCGGGCAGUGGAUGAAGCGGAAGGAAUUCCUCCUGAAAAUGCUCAACUAUCACAAACAGAAUAACCUCAAGAUCGACGUUGACAAGUUUGCAAAGAUGGGCCAUAUGUAUUACAACAUGAAGUACCUCAGCUGUACGUACAGCGCGCAGGUGGCGGAGGAGAUGCGCAUGUACGAGCAGGGUUGACACGGUUGGGGU